CAAAAUAUUCAAAAUAAAUUCCAAUUUCAAUGCUUUAAUAAUUUGUGAAAAAAUUUCCCAACAUGGAAGUUGAUGAUGGAAAUGAAACUAAAGAUGUUUCCUCACUGAUGGAAUCAGCACUUCCAACGUGGAAAAUGUUAUAUAACCCGCUGACAACAUUACUCAAAGAUUUAAACCAUGCAGUAGACGAUUUAGAAUAUUUGCUAUCAGAAUUUUUAAGUUUUGAAAAUUCAUUUAGCGCCAUAUUCGUACCACGAAAUAAUUCUAAUUUUAAUGCUGAUGAUUAUGAAGACGUCGAACAGAAAUAUUUCUCAUUCACGUUAUGGUUUCAAGGCAGUUUAUUUUAUUUAUUAACGUUUACACAUUUGAAAAAGAUUCACCCAUUAGCAGUCAAAUUACAAAUAAAAAUUCUUACAGUCGCAACAACACAUCCGCAUUUAUAUCAGAAAUUAUCAAACGAAUAUUUAAAAUCGUUAAAAACAAUUCAACAAUCGAAAAACACCGAAAUCAAACAUUUUCUAACCGAAAUAAUAGAAUUAGGGGGCGAAAUUAAAUUAACACCGAAUUUUGGUACGCUAACACCUGACAACGAAAAUAAUCUUAAUCAACACGAUACAAAUAUUUUAUUAAACAUUUUACAUUUAUGUAACAUAAUCACGAAAAAUUGUUCCGAUAAAUGUUUAAUCGAAAAUGCUGAAAGUUUAACACGAAAAAUUUUAUGUGAAAAUCCGUUUGUUAUUAGUAACGAUUGUGAGUAUAUUGAUAACGAUUAUACACGAAUUGCGAUUGAAGUACAAAAGUUAUUAAACCAGCAAACGUAUCAGAAUCAAAUUCAGUUGGUUUUCGAUUUAAAGUUACCUGUUUUAAAUGAACUAAUCGAAAAGUCACAAGUCAAUUCCAUUGAAGAAAUUCAACAAUUUUUAAAUUCACUGGAACGGAUUUUCUUGGUUAUUUUGGAAUCUACGUACAUGUGUGAAAAAUCGAUGAAUUUAUUUCGUAUACCGAAAUAUUUUAAUGAGGAAAUUCUUAUUAAAGUGAUUUCUAAAUUUCAAUCAAUAGAUUUUCAUAAACUAGAAGAUAAGUUAAACCAAAAGAUAAUUGCGAAAAAUGUUUAUUAUUUAAUUGUAUUAACAAAUAUUACAAAUUCGAUAAAAGUACGAUCGUAUUUAGAAUGGAUAUCGAAUAUUCAGAAUAAAAUCUCGAAUCAUCCAGAAAUUUGGUUAUUGACGUAUAUUCAUUGUCAACAGAAAGAGUAUUUGAAUAGUUUAAAAAAUUCUUUAUUAUUUUCUAAAGAUCAGAUUCAACCAAAUCUCGUUAAAAACAUUCCAUUUUUAAUCGAUGCUGGUGCGAUAGAUUUACAAAAGGCGCUAAAUGAAUGGUUUAAGCCAUGGAUAGAAAAAGUAAUGAUGUUUACUAAAAUGUUUACUAAAUUGGAUGAAAAGAAAGUUAAGCUGAUUGAAGAACAAGAAACUUCGAUAAGCGAAGCUUUGACAAAAAUAAUUUGUAUUAGUAGUAAAGAAUAUAUCGUAGUUAAUUAUUUCGAUAAAGAAAUUCGCUACGAAGUGAUUUGUGCACAUUGUAAGAUUGUAAAGGAUACAGAAAAUCAAGAAAGAUAUUGGUUCAAUAAUCGUUUACAUUCGAUUGGCCAAACAAUAUUUAAAAGUUCGAUAAAUACUGAUAUGAAUUUUGAGAAAAUUUUGCUACCAUUGUUAAAAUUAUUUCAACCGCACUUCUUAAGGUUGUUGACAAAUAUGAUUACUGUUUUAACAGCCGUCUCAUUCCAUUAUACAAAAUUAAUUACAGCAGAUAUGGUUCGAAGUUGGAUUGAACCGGAUCAUUUGGAUCAAUUGAGCUAUCUUAAACUUGCAUGUGAAAAUUAUCCUAAACUUAUUGCAAAUAUUCAGAAUCGUACUUCAUUCGAUCCAAAACUUAAAGAAGAAAUAUUCGAAGAUUGUGUAAAAAGCCUAGUUCAAUGUACCCGUAAAUAUCUUAAUCGUACGCCAAAUGAUCAAAUGAAAGAUGUACAAAUUAUAUUUAUGGAAAUGCUUGUAGAAUUUGGGCAUAUGAAAAUUAUCAAAAAUUCAACGUUAAUUAGCCUAAAAUUAUUGGUUCAUUUUGCAUUAAAUAUUAAAUCUACUUGCCAAGAAUUUGCAUAUGUUUGUAAAACAAUUAUUGAAUUAAGCGUUCUUAAUUAUGUGGAACAGAAAGUUAGUUUUUCAUCACCAUUACAUAAACUAUCACGUACAUUUGGAUUUUUAAGUUUGAAUGAUUUUAUCGUACAAGAAGGACGUUAUUUAUUACCGUUUUUAAUACCAUGGAUUGUAAAAUUACCAUAUUUGAAAGCGCUAUUGGAUUCUAUAUCGGAUAUGACAUUGGUCCCAACAUCGGAAUUAAUUGCAAAUCAAUUUGGUAAUAUUUAUCCGCAUAUUUUUAUUAAUGAAACAGAUGAAGUGUUUGAAAAAUGUAUGAAAUUUUUGAGAACAAUUUCAAAAACUGAUGUGGCUACGUUGAGACGCAAACAUUUUCGGAUAAUAUUCAACGAAUUACUUUUAUACUUCCAUAAAAAUCCAGAGCGUAUCCUCAGUGGCCUUAAAAUAUUAUUUCAGGAUGAAAUGGACAUACAAAAUAAUCAAGAAGUAAUACAAGCAAUACAAUCUCGUUUCCUGGGUCUUUUAGUAUACUUCGACUCAAAAUUAAAUAGUAAACGUGUUGCUAUAUCAGAUAAACGUAAUGCCCUCCAAAGUUUACCUGUAAUUAUUAAAUUAAUCGGUCCCAAGCAAAUUACCCCAUUACGUUUUAAGGUAAUGGCCACAUUACAUACCACAUUACAUUUAGAGGAUAUGGAACAAUUAAGUUGUUUAGUAUGGGAUGCGUUUAUAAAAAAUUGUGAUAUUGAUGCGAUUGGACCUUUAUUAUCCACAGUUUUUACAUCAUUGUUACCGUUACAUCAAAAUUUUCCCAGUUUGAUUAAUGAGAUUUUUAUGUAUUUAGUUUGUAACCACGAACAAGAUUUAUGUGAACAUUUACCUGAUUUAUUUUUCGUAAUUGAAUCGAAUGUUAACGAUCGUAUUAAAUCGAUCGUACAAAAAUCAUUGAAAAAUUAUUCGAAAAUGAAUUUUCGUGAUCAGUUACAAUUUUAUUUGAAAUAUUUACAACAUGAUAAUAUUGAAGUACGAAUUCAUGGUGUCAAUUUUACGACGAAGUUGUUGGAAUGUAAUCGUGAAUUGUUAAAUGAAUUAAUUUUGGGGAAUAAUGGUCUGGAUCCCAUUGUUGUCGAAUUAAUUGAUUUAUUGAUUACAGGUUUCACAGAAAAAAAUAAAAAUUACUAUUUAGCUUGUAGUAAAUGUAUUGGUGAAUUAGGAGCUAUGGAACCGAGUCAUUUACCUAAGAGGUAUGCAAACCAUAAUGAAACUUUUACUUUUACAAUUAAUGAAGAUAAUUUUGCAAUAAAAGCUUUAAAUGAACUUAUUCGAGCUUUUCAAUCUGAAAAAUAUAGUCAGAAUAUGGAUUGUUUUGCACUUGCCAUUCAAGAAAUAUUAAAAUCAUAUAACGUGAAUCCUUCAACAAACCCAACAUCUAGUUCGAAAGUAAUAUGGAAUCACUUUCCAGAAAAUCAACAACAAAUUAUGCAACCAUUAUUAACAUCUAGAUAUAAAAUUGCAUUCCAAGCAGAAAAACCAACAGGUCAUCCACUGUUCCAAUCGGAUAAUACAAAAACUUUUAUUGAUUGGAUUCAUCGAUGGAUUGCAAAAUUAAUACCGCUAAUAAAAACAGAAAGUUGUCGUUAUUUGUUCGACUGUUGCCAGCCGAGUCUACGGAAAGACAUGCAAGUGUUAAUGUUCUUUUUACCUUAUAUUUUAUUACAUUCCUUACUUGAAGCUGAUGCAAUGGAUCGUAAACAUAUUUACGAAGAAAUGAUGACAGUGUUCGAAGCUUAUAAAAAUAAGAAACAGAAUAUUGAUGAGCAUCGUCAAUUUAAACCAUUAAAAUCAGAUUUGUUACGAUAUAUGCCAUCAUUGCCAACAAAUGAACAGAUGACAUUGGCACAAGCUGCAAAAAUUGUUUACGUCUUAUUAGAUUUUCUACUGCGCUGGCUUCGUGAGUGGGAGCAACAAUAUUGUCCGGGUAAAAGUCCCGAUAAAGACCCACAAUAUAUAAAAAUCAAUAGUUUUAUGCAGAAAUUUUGUAAAUUAUCAAUUGCACAAAGUAAUUAUAAUCAUGAAGAAUUUUCACGUGCCUUAAUGUAUUUAGAGGAUUAUGUGAAUGAAAAUCCAAAUGAUUUAGAAAAACAGUUAGGAUUUUUUACACGAAUUUAUGUACAAUUGGAUGAUCCUGAUAGUGUUGCAGGAAUACGAUCUAUUCAACAACAGGAACCCUUAUUGGAGGAUAUGAUAUUAAGUCAUGAAAUUUCUGGUCAGUUACAUGAUGCUACUGCCUGUUAUGAACGUUUAGCGCAAGAAGUUCGUUUACAUCCACAAACUUUACAGGGUUUGAUACGAUGUCAUUUGGAUUUAGAUAAUCCGUAUACUGCACAUCGAAUAAUUGAAGGCUUGGAUUAUGACUUUUCUACAAGCUUAUACGAAUGUAAGGUGGAAACAUUAUGGCGAUUACAUGAUUAUGAUAAAUUGGAAUCAGUAUUAAAUAAUUUGGAAACUCGAAAAAUGAGUAAUUGGAGUGUGAAUCUAGGCAAUAUUUUAUUGAAUUGUAAUCGAGAGAAUUUUUGGAAAGAACUUGCGGAAACAAGAUAUCUUGUAGUACAACCAUUAAGUGUUUCGAGUCGAGAUGAAGGUAGCUACGAAAAUGGCUACCCACAAGUGAUGAAACUUCAUUUAUUAAAUGAACUUGAAAAAGUUCAAAAUCUUGUUGAUCUAAUAACCAAGUCUUCGAAGAAUGUAAAUGCAUGUAGUGUUAUGGUUGAUAAACUUAUAUUAGAAUUCGAUCAACGGGAGAAACUUGUUCAAUCAAGUGUACGUGUUUUAGAACCUGUUUAUUGUUUACGACGGACUGCGUUGCAACAAGCACAGGAAUUAUUAGAAAAGAAUCAUUUAAAGAAUUUAAACAGUGUUUUCAAUAAACACAUCGGCAAUUAUUGGUUAAAAAGUGCUCAAGUUGCACGAGUUACUGGCAUGUAUCAACAAGCGUACAUUAAUUUAUUGAAUGCUGAAAAAUAUAAACCUGUAGGAUUAUUUAUUGAAAAAGCAAAAUUACAUUGGGCACGAGGUGAACAAGAAAUUGCAUUUAGUAUUCUAAAACGCGGGAUAGAAGCUGCUUCAACGACAAAUUCAACUGAUAAUAUUUCUAUGAGGAAAAUUAUUGCUGAAGCCAAAUUAUUGGUAGCUUUAUACAAUGAAGAAACGGCAAAUUUAGAUAUGGAAGCAAAUAUAGCCAAAUAUAAGGAAGCUGUUGAAUGUAAUAAAGAAUGUGAAAUGAGUAUGGUGUAUUUAGCACGAUAUUAUGAUAAAGCAUUAUCAACAAUGUCCGGAGAUAAAGAUGUUGGAAUAGGUGGUGAUAUGCAACUUCAUAUGAUACAUAAUUUUGGUAAAUCGUUACAAUAUGGUAAAGAAUUUUUAUAUCAAUCGAUGCCACGUAUGUUGAGUAUUUGGUUGGACUAUGGAAGUCGACAAUUCGAGAAUAAAGAUAAAGAAACAUUCGAAAAUAAAACGUUAAUUGUUUUAAAAAUGACUAAAUUAAUUAAUACAUAUUUGGAACGAUUACCCACGUAUAUGUUUCUAUCAGCAUUUUCACAAAUUGUUUCCAGAAUUUGUCAUCCACAAAAACAGGUUUAUCAACAAUUAAAAUCGAUAAUCGUAAAAUUAAUCCAAACAUAUCCACAACAAACUUUAUGGAUGAUAAUGUCUGUUUAUAAAUCAAGUUAUUCAGUACGUGUGAAACGAUGUCAGGAAAUAUUACAAGAUCCACGUUUAAAAGCUGUUCCAGGAUUGAUGACGCUCAUACAAGAUUUUAAUCGUUUAGCUGAGAAAUUAAUUGAAUUAUGCAAUAAACCGAUUAGUAAUGGUGUGACUACAACUUCUGUUUCAACAUUAAUUAAGUCAUUACCAAGAUUAAUUACAGCCAGUGAAUUUAGUAAAAUAAUGGUUCCAGUCGAACAAUAUUUAAAAAUGAUAUUACCAAUCAAUAACGAAAACUUAAUCGAUUUUAAUCCAUAUCCUAAGAAAUUGGUGUAUAUUAUAGGUAUUGACGAGACUGUAACAAUUAUGCCCUCAUUACAACGUCCAAGACGAAUCACGCUGUUAGGAUCAGAUGGUAAAAAGUAUAUGCAUAUGCUGAAACCAAAAGAUGAUUUACGAAAAGAUUUUCGUUUAAUGGAAUUUAACGGUGUAGUUAAUCAGUUUUUGUAUCAGGAAUCGGAAUCAAGACAACGUCGUUUACAUAUUCGGACAUAUGCAGUAGUUCCAUUAAAUGAAGAAUGUGGUAUAAUUGAAUGGGUUUCCGAUUUAAUACCAUUUAGAGCCAUUAUUUUGAAGUUACAUAAACAAAAAAAUUCAUUUGUUUCGCCUAAAGAACUACGAACCAUGAUGUGCAAUAUCCGAGAUAGUUUGGAGAAGAAAAGACAAGUGUAUUUGGAACUAUUGUGUCCCAAGCAUCCUUUAGUGUUUCAUGAAUGGUUUCGUCUAACGUUUUCAGAUCCUUAUGCAUGGUAUCAGGCGAGAACAUCAUACAUCCGUACUACAGCCACCAUAUCAAUCGUAGGCUACAUUUUAGGACUUGGUGAUCGUCACGGAGAAAACAUUCUAUUCGAUUCCACAAACGGAGAAACAGUCCACGUUGAUUUUAAUUGUCUUUUUAAUCGCGGACAAGCACUGGAAUGGCCUGAGCGUGUACCGUUUCGUUUAACACCAAAUAUGGUUAAAGCAAUGGGACCUUUGGGUGUUGAAGGAGUAUUUCGACGUUCCUGUGAAGUUACGUUGCGUGUAUUACGUUCCCAAAAAGAAACAUUAAUGUCUAUUUUAAAACCAUUCGUAUAUGAUCCAUUAGUAUCGUGGCCAAAAACACAUGCCGGUCAUUUAGAUGCAAAUGCAGAGCGUACAAAUGAACAGGCUCGUGAUCAUGUGCGAAAUAUUGAAUCUCGAUUACAGGGUAUUAAAGGUGGGGGGAAACUUCCAAUACGGUUAUCGGUUGAAGGUCAUGUGAAUAGUUUAAUUUUAGAUGCAACCAGUAUUGAUAAUUUAUGUCAAAUGUAUAUUGGAUGGGGUUCAUUUUUAUAAAAAAAACUAGGUUCCUCCUCCAUCUUCGUUUAAAGUUCGUAAAAUGGUCAUUAACUUUUGAAAUCUCAUUUUUAAGCUUUAAUAUGUAUUAAAUAAAUCUUAGAACUUACUGGAAGGAUAGCGACCUUUGAAAUUUUUCGAUUUAAUGCACCGUUAACGAUAAAGUUUGCUGUUUCGUUAAUUGGCGCUUCUUAUUUCUAGAAUUCCUCGACUAAUAUUAGGAAAAAAUAAAUUUUGAUACUAAAAAAAGUUGUAAGAAAUACAAUUUACUAUAAUUUAUUAUCAGAUUAUCUUCUCAAAAUUAACGAUACGUCAGAUCGAAAAACGGCAAAGUUUUUUUUAUUUUAGAAUUUCGUAAGGAAUUCAUAGUUUCUGUUUGGUCCGGUGAUUUAAUGACAUCAUGAAUAUUCAUUCACAUCUAAAGUUGUAUUUUCAUGACGCUUGGCGCUGAGUUUGGAUAUCAAAUUAGGUCACGUGGUAGUUUCACAUCGUAAAAAGCUACACAUAGGAAUUGCUUUUAAUUAGUAUAUCUCGAGAUAUCAACUUUCGAUAUUAAUAAACAUUUGUAUCACUCCUUACAAUUUGACGCUAAAAGCCAGUGUCAAGCGUUAUCAUGAGGUUACAUCUUAAGAGUGGUUGGUUAUUCCUUUUCUUUGUGUAUAAGUUCUAACAUUUUAAAAAUAUAACAUCACAUUAAGAAUUAAAAAUAUACUUACAUUAAAUUUUUACUGAGUGUAUUAAGCUGAAUUGAAUUCAGCCAUGACCUUAAUUACCAAAGAAUUUCAUGUA